AUGGACAAUGACCAGGUGGACUGGGGUGCGCUGGCCCAACAAUGGAUACAAAUGCGAGAAGCGAUGCCGAUUGUCACGCCUGCCCCGGGAAUGCUGCCACCCAGCAGCAUUCUCGAUGAUGGUUGUAGCUAUCCUCCGCCGCCUCGUAUAAUCGCGUACGAAGAGCAAGGCGAGGCGCCGAUGGAAGUGGAAAAAGAUGACGACCAGUCAGCCAAUCUGCCGCUGCCUCCAAUGCCCCCACCGCCUAUCAUUUGUGGUCACGAUUGGGAUGGUAAAUGGCUGACAGAGUCGAUCACGCAGCCGUCUAGCACCAGCCCAAAAAGAUGGUCCCCGGAAGGCACCGGUGGCUGGGAAGGUGCGUCCAUGACAUCGGAUGUCACCUCAAAUGCAGUUUCUAACCACACAUCGCCUGAGCGCGUGGUUAGUAGAAAAAAAACAUUCCCCAGUUCCACCACUGUAUCAUCGUCGAGUGCGUCGUCUGUAAAGCAGCCAACGGGGAUGAAAGAGCGCUGGCAGACUAAGUCCGGUCACAGCUAUCCAUCCGAACAUCAGGGAAAACGUGUCAGAAGCCGGUUUCUUAUGGAUGUGACUGCUGAACGAGGUCCAGGAACGAAAAUGGGCGUGGAACCUAAACCCAGACUGCCCGGGCUGAUGGAUCACGCAAUUAAAUUCAGUGAAACGACCCGAAGUGACACGUUGGCUGUGAAAAAGGGUUCAGUGAUUGAAUCAGCAGGGACGCUCAAUGAUGCCAAGCGCAAAUUACUACCAGCGUGGAUUCGCGAGGGGCUUGAAAAAAUGGAGAAGGACAAGCAACGCAAAAUAGAGCGAACACAACUGCUUCGGCGAAGCGACAUAAACGACGCGCUCAGCGAACAACGAUGCCUUACGGAUACCGACAGUCCGGAAGGAGAAUUUCCAAGUUACCCUGAACCGGAUAUCAUUCAGCCGUCAGAAAAAUCCCCUGCGUGCGUUUCCUCUGCUGCCGUACAGCAGCAACCAAAGUUAACCGAUGUUGGUGAAUCGAAGAACUGUGUUGAGUCGGAUGUUCGUACCACGCGUGCCCAACAACUGAAGGAAUCGAUGCGUACUAUACUGACAAAUAUUUUACUCGAGGUGACAAACGAAGAAAUUGUACGCAUAGCCAAAGAAACGCACGUCAAGUUGCAGUGUAAAGUUAUACCAGCGCAAACGCGACGUACCGAAACCGGUCAAGUCACAUGCAUCGGAAAAGUUGGUCUUGUAGUUUAUGGCGAUAGUGACGAGGAGGAAGAAGACUACAAUGAGCUGGUGAAUGAUCGAAAGACUGAUGAAAAUCCUGAAAAUGAGCGGGACGAUAAAAAUAGUGAUAGCGAUGAGCCGCCGGACGAUAGUUUUUCCGAUGCGACCAUUGAGCAGUACCUCCAGAAACGCAUACGCAGGAAGCAACGCGAGUUUCAACAAAUUGCUACCAAAAUUGAACAAUGUCUGGAUGAGGAAAAUCUCACGGAAAAUCGCGGCCAGCCGGAAGUGACCGGUAGCUGCAAGAAAGCAGCAAACCAACCCAUGGCUCAUAAAAUCGAGUGCACGAAGGACGAUAAAGGCGUGGGGAAUGUUGUCAGCGACGAAAGCGCUGAGGUGGAUACAUAUCGGGUACAGGAGCUUCCCGGUACCACCGAUCUAGCGAAUGGCAGCAACAAGGAUCGCGAAGGUAUCGCCAAGGUUACGGGUCGACCAAAAGACGCAGAGCGUAAGCGACACAAUAAGCGGAUAUCGCGUUUUAGCAAUCCGCGGGAUACCGUCCGGCAGACACACAUAACGCACGUUUCGAUUAUGCCCUCGACGAAACCUACGACCAUCAGCUCUACGGGAAUUGAAAACGGUGAUGGUAACCAGCGCAAUCCAGUGUCCAAUGCCAUCGACUUCGUCGCAUGCAACGAUGCCGCAACGGAACAGUUACCAAAGUGCCAGGAAAACACGAGCAAAUCUUCUGGGCGACCAGCUGCCACGGCUGGGAUGCUGUGGUCAAUCGAAUCUACUCUCAAACUGAGCUCCGAUGGUAGUGGUCCGUCCAAUGGAUCUGGGCAAAAUUCUUCGAAAGCUCGGCCUCGUAGUCACGAACGAAAGGAAACGAGUGGCCAUGGUCCACGGGAAAUACUUGGUGAAGGUGAACAAUUACAUGUUGGGAACCACCAAGCUUCGGGUUCGGUACACUCCUCGCCAUCAGCAUCGAUGGUGAGUGACCGUGGGCGUUCACGCCGGCACCGUUCCCGGUCGACCGGUUCGUCUAGAUCGUCUAGUUCGCGAUCGGGCCAUUGUUCUGGAUCAAACCGUUCUGGUAGAUCACGUCCACGGUCCCGUCGUUCCCGUUCUCAUUCCCCACACUCCUCGUCGUCAUCGACGAAGAACCCACUAACACAGAAAUGCACCGCAAAUCCAGCGACAUCGCGACACGGCCAUUCAUAUCUUUAUCGCGACGCCGAGGUGAAGAAAACAUCUUCGUUACAAUCUCAUGGCUCACAGCGUUACCGUGACCAAAAGCCCGAUUACCACCGCGAUCGCAGCCAUUCGCGGUCACGCCACAUGCGCCGCUCCCGAUCCCCAUCGAAGUAUACUUCCAGCUCUCGCCGCAAACAUUGAAAUCAUUUUUUUUUUCUUCUUGUAAGCAUGAUUUUCAUCUGUUUACUACGAACUGGUUUUCUUCAUAUUCAUAUUUAAUCAGUUUUUGUGCUAAUUUGUUGGCUUUGCGUAUACCUGCCAUUCCUUUCCAACUAACUGCGCUGAACCAGUGUGCUGUACAUGCGUUAAACGAAUAUCGUUUCGAUUCGGUGUAGCUUGCUUGAGAAACAUCGUUAAAAAUAAGAAACAAGAAAAGCGAGCAGUGCCGCAACACUAGUUAUUAGAAGUGCGCCUAGUUUUGAAAUGAAAAUCACAAAGCACAAAUCCAUACUUAUCAGUUUUUAUGUUUGGACGUGUCGGGGAUCGGGAAGACGGUCAUGUAUAAAAUAUUAGCGUGAACGUUAAUAAUUUGUAUUUGGUGCCCUGUGAACGUGAAGGUAUUAUAAUUAGCAAAAGAGAAAAGAAGUUUAUGAAUCGAGCCGAUCGAUUGGGAGAAUACGAAGGCAGUGUUAUGAAUAAAAACCUCAACUCAACUCAACUGCAAGUCAUCCGAAAAACAUUAUACUUCAAAAAGAAAUAUUUUGGCACGUUAAAAUAAAAAAUUCAAUUGAAAUUUAGUUCGGUUUCGAAGACUAGAGCAUCAAGUGUUUAUUGAAACACUGAAAUAAAUCAAUA